CUUAUGUGGAAAAAUUUGGUGAAGCAGUAAAGGUUAUAUAAAUAGUAAGCAGGGGCUUAUUCACAUGCAGUACCUUUUAAAUGAAAGGGGAAUUAUAGAUGUGUAUGUUGAGCAUGUCUGUGAUGAGCCAAAUAUUUUAGAUUUGCUUGAAGGUGGCACUGUUCUGCAAGAACCAGUCGAUGAAGGUACAAUGGACAAUGGGGAAGGUUGUGUGACACAAAAUUCACAACCAGCCCCAAAUUUUCAUGAAGCUCCAGAAACAGCAGUUGAAGGUGAUGCUGAUGAAACAGAUGCACUGCAUGGAGAUGAUGAGGAUAGUGGGGAAGGUUGUGUGACACAAAAUUCACAACCAGCCCCAAAUUUUCAUGAAGCUCCAGAAACAGCAGCUGAAGGUGAUGCUGAUGAAACAGAUGCACUGCAUGGAGGUGAUGCAGCCCAACAAGAAGAUGUACGGAACAAUGAUCAUGAUGAUGAGGAUUUGCUUGAUAUUGUGCCUAGUGAUGUAGAUGAUGAGGAGGUGCUUGAAUCUAUUCGCAAUAAAAAGAAACAUAAAGCCAGUGCAAUUGCAAGACAAAAUGCAAAUGGUGCUGGACCAAGUGACAUAGUCCAUGACUUUGCUACCACAGUUAAUGAAGAGGGUGAAAGGGUUCCUAUAGGAACUGAUGACCAUGGAGAUUUGGGUUCCGAUUCUAGCUUUGAAAAUAGUGAAGAUGAAUUUGAAGUUUCUAGUGAUGAUUCAGGUGAGUACAAUGUUGCAGAUGAACAUGAACUUGAAGAAGAAGAAGAAGAAGAAGAUGGGAUGAGGUUUGAGCAUGUAGCACAGUUUAAGGAGGCUAUAGCUAAGUACCAAAUUCAAAAGAUCUGGGUUGAAAACAACAUACAACAAGCAAAUCGAAGCUUGGAUGAUUAUCAAGGCAUGGUAAACAUCAUUCAGGUUCAAGAGAAGCUUAGUCGAGGGUGUGGCGUCAACCAAAUUUAUACCUCUGGUUCUUGUUGCGUCAUAGACGACGGGUCAAGUUUAGAAAUUUCUUGUCGUGCUGUGGGUCUCAUUGUUCUCUUUGGGGUUCUCAUCAUCUUGGUAUCAGAGCAUCAGAUCCUUAAAUCAGGAGAGAGAAACAAGCAACACAAUUCUGUGGUUGGAACUCCUUAUAUAGAGAAGAAAUCUGUGGCCAAAUCCUUAAAGAAGAAGGAAUCCUACUCCAAUAAGGAGUUGGAAAUUCUCUUUGAGUUCUAUUCAAACAAGGAGAUAGCAAUUUUGUUUAUUCCUUCCUAAGUUAGGAAUCCUACUACAUUAAGGAAUAGUGAAGUCAAUUCCUACUAGGAAGUGCUUGAACUAAUCUGUUCGUUUUAAUUUGUUUGGGUUUGGUU